UAUUUUUAAGCAUUAUUUAAGUAAUUAUAAAUAAAUAUGAAUAAUAGAAAAUCUGAUUUAGAUUUUAAAAGUGCUUGCCGAGCAUGUUUAAGAACUGCUGAAGGAAAAAUGGACUCUUUAUUUUCUUUGUAUAAUAAAGAAAUGUUAUCAAAAAUGUUUUCAGACAUAACUUCUAUUCAAAUUGAACAUGAGGAAAAUUUACCUUUGCAAGUGUGUAGUCUAUGCUGUCAACAGCUAAUAAAAUCCUAUAAGUUCAGAUUAAAGUGCCGGGAGUCUGAUAGUUACAUUAGGUCAUUUAUUGAUUCAGAAAAAUCAAUCUCUACAGAAACAAGGAUAGACUCAUCUGAAAGUAUUGUAAAUUGUAACAAUAAUGAUGGAUUAAAAGAAAAGGAUCAAUUUGAAAUUGAAGUGAAGGUGGAGGAUCAUGAUCAAGAGGAAAUAGAGUAUUUGGAAGAGGAAGUUUUUAGUGCAGAGGACAAAUACUUGAUACCAGACAUUAAUAAGAGUGAGAAUAUCAUCACUUCAGAAGUUCAGACUGUAACAAGCAAGAAUAAAAGUUCAGGCAAACCUAAAACUACCAAAGAUUAUGAUAAAUUUGAGUGUGAGGUGUGUUACAAGAAAUUUAAAAACCUAAGGAUGCUGAAUGUUCACAUCAACAAAUACCAUAUUCAGGAGGAUGAUCUGGCAUUUCCCUGCGGGCAGUGCAAGGAGUCAUUUAACUCUGAACACGACCUACACCUACACUCCGCCCUGCACACACCUGUCGACAAUGUGUGGAUGUGUAACAAGUGCCAAAAAGUGUUUAAAGGCCGCACCGCGUUACGCCGUCAUAUCCGCUACCACAUGGAGCACAAGCGUCACGCGUGCGCGUGCGGCAAGACGUUCGCCGAGCGGUGCGCGUUGCUUCGUCACGCGCGCGUGCACACCGGACAACUCGCGCUAAAGAACUUCGUGUGCGAGUACUGUGAUAAGAGGUUCAUAGACCGCGCGGCGCUGGGCGCUCACGUGGCGCGUCACACGGGCGAGCGCGCGCACGCAUGCGCAUGCGGCGCGGCGUUCCGCUCGGCGCGGCUGCUGCGCUCGCACCGCCGCGUGCACGACGACCACCGCCCGCACGCCUGCACCGUCUGCGACAAACGUUUUCGCCACGCGUCGACGCUUCGCACGCACUCGCGCACGCACUCCGGUGAGCGGCCGUACGUGUGCGCGGCGUGCGGCAAGACCUUCAUACAGCACUCCAACCUCACACUGCACGCGCGCACGCAUACCGGUGAGAAGCCGUACAGGUGCGAUUUCUGCGGUCGCCAGUUCUCGUCGGGGUCGUCGCUGAGCGCGCACCGCCGCACGCACACCGGCGAGAAACCCUACUGCUGCCCCGUCUGCGGGAAACGAUUCGCGCGCAUGGACAUGACCGCACACAUGCGGCGGCACUGGGGCGAGCGCCCGCACGCGUGCGCGGCGUGCGGCAAACGGUUCACUACGGCCGCGCGACGCGACCAGCACAUGCUCGUACACACUGCCGAAAAUCCAUAUGAAUGCGGCGUGUGCUCCGAGAAAUUCAAGCGCAAAGCGUACCUCGCUCGGCACAUGAAAAGUCACAAGGGAGACGACACCAAGAGUAAUAGAGUGUCGGUCGUACAGCUGGCACCGCCUCGGGAGAACGUUAUCGUGAGCAACUACUCGAGAAAAACUGACGAGGAGCGAGCUAGCGAUAGGUGCGAAACUGCGCCGGAGUACCACGAUCACGAUGUACCUUUGGACGUGUCGCAAGCGUUGAUUCUAGAUGAUAGCGAUGUCAAAAACGAGGUCGUGGUCAUCGACGAAGGAUCCCAUAUUUCUUAUCAGAACGAGGUGAUAUGCUUAGACUCCCAGGAGAUACAAUACGAUCGAAUCGAACUGGUGGAUGAUGUUGAAUCGAAAUUAGAUGACGCGCAACAAUUCGUGAUGCAAAUAGAGACGGUAGAGGGUCAGCUGAUGAUAAAAAAAAUAACUAGCGAAUAAAGUGAAUUCCAGCAAGCUUGGUACCUAAAAAUGCUAUACUAGGAAAUAAUU